AUGAAGUUGUUUGAUAAUACUACCAGUAAUCGAGUGAUAAUUUACACUGAAAAUUUGAUGAGGGUAACGAAUAUUAAAUCUUUUAAGAGGAUAGGCAAUAAGAAUAAUCAAGAAGCAAGUAUUUAUUUGAAAUGGAAAUUAAUUACUUCCCUUGAAGAUACUUUUAAAAUACUUUAUAAACGACCCUCAUGGACAUUUGAUAAAGUAAAUAAAGUGUUGGAAUUACCUGAUCCAUUUAAAUUUAAUCAGAAAUUAACAGAAGAUCGUGAUGAUUAUGAGGUUACGGACACAUUUAUCAUUUAUUUUAAUGGAUUCAUGUUUGAUGGAUCUAAUGAAAUAUCGAACAAAUUCAAUAAAACAUCUAAUAUGAAGAACAACAGAGAUGAUGACUUGAAUAAUCACGGCAAAAGUGAUAUUGAUAAUUUACUUGAAGCUUGGAAAGAAUUGGAAACUCUUCACAAAAAGAAUAUGAUUUAUAAAUUAGGCGUUAGCGAAUUUACUAAAAAUCAAUUGGAAAAUUUUAUAAAGGCUGUUGAGGUUCCUCCAAAGAUAGAUCAAAUUAAUUUCGACUGUUGUGCAAUACCAAAAGAGAUUAUUGAAUUCGCCAAAAAGAAUAAUAUAGAAUUAUUAUCACAUAAUGAUUCAACAGAUAUAUUACCUUCCACAACUUUUCAAAAAAUUAUUGAUGAUGCUAAUACAAAUAAAGUUAGGCUAAACAAGGAUUUAUCACCUCGUUGGGUACUCAAGUAUUCUGUAAUGAUACCAGAUAGAGGGGUCAUUAAUAAUAAAGGGUAUAUUGUUAUGGCAAGUACAACAAAUUCAGAUCCAAAAUUUACUUAUACUAUAGAUGAGAUUGAAAAAAAUGGGUUUUAG